AUGUCAGCUGAAGAGGUCGCCAAGGCAUUCGUCAAUCACUAUUACACUACUUUCGACACGAAUCGUGCUGGGCUCUCAAGCCUUUACCAAGGUGUGUCCAGCCUGAGCUGGGAAGGCCAGAUGUCUACCGGCCAGCAAGCAAUUAUGGCUAAAUUACAAGGUUUGCCAACCGUUCGUCAUGAAUUCCCGACGGUGGAUAUUCAGCCGUCCACGUCAAGCAAUGCUAUGAUCAUAUUUGUGCAAGGCAAGAUCCAGAUUGAAGAUAACAACGCCAUCCAAUUUACGCAGGUCUUCCAGCUUGUGGCGCAUCAACCUGGUCAAUACUACAUUCAUAAUGAUAUCUUUCGUCUGCAGUAUGGAUAA